UACGUGUGUGAUAGUGUGUGUCGCAGCGGCUUUCAUCUGCUGAGCCCGUGCGUAAAAACCGCCACACAGCGAGAUAAUCCACCCGCGAGAAGGAAAGUAAUAAACCUCUUGAAUUCCAUGGACCCUUAAAACAGAUGAGAACAGCCCGGAUUACAACUCCGAUCGUUUGGUGACACCUCGCAGUCGCUGGACAGCCUCACAUCCGCUUGAAUUUCAAUUUGGGUUAUCCAGAGUGGCCCAGAUGUUAGUCCACACCUAUUCGGCUAUGGACCGUGCAGACGGACUGAGCGGCUCCUCGCCGAGUGGGCGCCUCUCCCAGCUGUCCUCCCUCAACCAGGCCGCCUACUCCUCGGCUCCCCCGCUCUGCCACACUCCGGCCUCCGACUUCCAGCCUCCGUAUUUCCCUCCUCCGUACCCGCAGUCCUCCUUGUCGUAUUCCCAGAGCCAGGACUCGGCGUACUCCCACCUGUCAGACCCCUACCCCUCCAUCAACUCCAUCCAUCAGCACCAGCAGGCGGCAUGGCACUCGCAAAGGUCGCGGUCCGACGAGGGGGGGCUCCUGUCACAGUCUCACCGGGCGCUGAGCCUCGACCCCCGGCGGGAGUACCCAGGGGUCCCGCGGCUGCUGCACGGUCUCGGGGAGGGGGCCGCCGCGCUCGGGGACGGUCCUCUCGGGAUGCACCUGGGACAUCACGGCUUGGAGGAGCUGCAGGGAAUGGAGGAAGGAUCAGCCUUGGGCAUCCUCGACCACUCUGUCAUUAAAAAAGUUCCUAUCCCGUCCAAACUGAACGGCUCGUCCCUCUCGGCCCUGUCCCUCAGCAAGGAGGGCCUCGGUAUGGGAGCCGUGUCCAACCCAGCCGAGGUUUUCUGUUCGGUACCGGGCCGCCUGUCGCUGCUCAGCUCCACCUCCAAGUACAAGGUCACUGUAGGGGAGGUGCAGCGGCGCCUCUCCCCGCCCGAGUGCCUCAACGCCUCCCUGCUGGGCGGAGUCCUCCGCAGGGCGAAGUCAAAGAAUGGUGGCCGCUGUCUGAGAGAGCGUCUGGAGAAGAUUGGCCUCAACCUGCCCGCCGGGCGACGCAAGGCAGCCAACGUCACUCUGCUAACGUCUCUAGUGGAGGGUGAGGCCGUCCACCUGGCCCGGGACUUUGGGUAUGUGUGUGAGACGGAGUUCCCAGCCAGAGCCGCCGCUGAGUACCUGUGCAGGCAGAGCGAGCCGGAGCAGCUCCCGACACGACGCAGCAUGCUGCUGGCCACCAAGGAGAUCUGUAAGGAAUUUGUGGACCUGAUGUCCCAGGACCGCUCUCCGCUGGGUGCCAGUCGGCCCACUCCCUGCCUGGAGCCCGGCGUCCAGGGCAGCCUCACCCACUUCAGCCUGCUCACCCACGGCUUUGGCACGCCGGCCAUCUGCGCCGCGCUCUCCGCCUUCCAGAGCUACCUGAUGGAGGCGAUCAAAAUGCUGGACAAAGGCGAGGGGGGAGGCAAGAGCCACCACGACAAGGAGAUGAAGCACCGCAAAUAGAGGGAGCGUGGACGAGCCGAUGGAUGGAUGGAUGGAUCAACACGGGGAAGGGCACGAGGGCGGAGAAAAGAGGGGGAAAAGACUGACACACAAACCCCUCCGCUGUCUGCUGUCUUUAAAGUUCGCCCUUCUCUUGUUUUCCUCCAAAAAAAAAAAACAAAAAAAUGGACCAAGACUGAGACUUUUACC